AUGCCGGUGGUACACAGCUCUGCACCAGCAUCGUUGCAUGGAUCGAUCAUUCAACGAACUCGGACCCGUGCAUUUGCAAACGGCGCACCAGUAGAUGGAUAUCACGACCAUCCUAGUGUGAGAACGUCCUACAGUCGCGAUCGCGACGGAUGGCGCACGCCGACCAUCGAAGACGCACAGCAUGCAGCAACUCAGAUGCAAUUGCAGGCGCAAUUCCUGGACCGUUAUUUCCACAAUGAUCAUGAUCGCAGCACAGACGAGGAGCAGAGUAGGAGAGGAUUUGACGACGAUGACGAGGGCGGCAACGAAGGUAACAACGACGAUAUGGAUAAGCCGAAAGAUCUGUCUUGGAAGCAGAGGAUCGAACAUGUUACUUGGGCGUGGUUCACUCUGACCAUGGCCACGGGUGGUAUUGCCAAUGUUCUGCAUGCAGUACCAUACCGCUUCAACGGCCUCUACACGAUUGGUCUCAUAUUCUUCCUCGUCAACAUCGGUCUCUACAUCAUCAUCUGGGCCAUGAUCAUCGCCCGCUUUGUAUUGUACCCGUGGACAUUUCGCGCGAGCUUCACGCAUCCUACGGAAUCACUCUUCGUCGCUGCAACCGCCGUCUCUUUCGGCACCAUCCUAAUCAAUGUCGUCGAGUACGGGACCGGACGUGUCGGCCCUUGGCUUAACCAGACGGUUCUGGUUUUAUUCUGGAUCGACGGCGCUCUGGCUGUCCUCUUGAGCAUAGCCAUCUACCUUACUCUAUGGACCAGCCUGACCUUCACGAUUGCGCGAAUGACGCCCAUCUGGAUCUUCCCGGCAUAUCCACUGUUGAUCAUGGGCCCCCACGCCGCCAACAUAUCAGCUCAAGUGAUAAGCCACAGCGCUGCUAUCCGCGUGAUUAUUGGAGGCUUCACGAUCCAAGGCAUCGGAUUCCUCGUCUCCUUGACGAUAUAUUCUGCUUUUGUCUAUCGACUGAUGACUCAGAAGCUCCCUGCCGAGCCACUGCGUCCUGGCAUGUUUGUGUCUGUGGGACCUUCAGCUUUCACUGUCAGUGGGAGCAUCGGCAUGGCGCAGAAUCUGGACAAGGUGAUCGCUUCAACGUCCUCGUCCACUUUCAUGGGCGUUCCAGGUCUCCUGGCUGCACAAAUCCUCCGUCUCUGCGCCAAUUGGAUGUCUCUCUGGCUCUGGGGCUUGGCAUGGUGGUUUUUCUUCGUCAGCCUACUAUCCAACCUCGACUGUUUGAGGAAGAACCACCACAUGCCCUUUUCCAUGACGUGGUACAGUUUUAUUUUCCCACAAACUGCACUGACGACCGCAACCUUCGCCAUAGCCAAGGCGUUCGACGUUGGUGCAAUCAGGAUCAUUGGGUGCGUCAUGACUUGUCUCUUGAUACUUGCUUGGGCGGUCGUUGUCGGCUUCAUGAUCAAAGCCAUCAUCAACAAACAGAUCUUGUGGCCGGAGAAGGGAGAAGAUAAAUCAGAAGGCGGCUUCAAGGCUCGCUGGUUACGGACCGCUGCAUCAACCAAGGAGCCUGAAUCUGAUGCGGGCGCAGCUGUUUUUCCCAGCUCUCGUCACGAAGCUUCAGCAGAUGCAGCCAGUGAUAACGUGUGA